CUUCUACAGCAGCGACAUGUUUGAGGCACGGCUUAACGCUAGCAACGUCCUGAAGAAGGUCCUGGACGCGAUCAAGGAUCUGCUAAACGAGGCUACAUUCGAUUGCAGUGAUUCCGGUAUUCAAUUGCAAGCGAUGGACAAUUCCCACGUUUCGCUCGUGUCCCUAUCGCUACGCUCCGACGGUUUCGACAAGUACCGGUGUGACAGAAACUUAUCAAUGGGCAUGAACCUGGCCAACAUGGCCAAGAUCAUGAAGUGUGCCAAUAACGAUGAUACCUUAACGAUGAAAGCGCAGGAUAAUGCCGAUACCGUCACGUUCAUGUUCGAGUCACAUAAUCAUGAGAAAGUGUCCGAUUAUGAGAUGAAACUAAUGAACCUGGACCAGGAGCACCUGGGCAUUCCGGAAACGGAUUAUGCGUGCGUCGUUCGUAUGCCGGCAAUGGAAUUUGCACGCAUCUGUCGCGAUCUGUCCCAGUUUGGCGAAUCCGUCGUCAUCUCGUGCACCAAAGAAGGUGUGAAAUUUUCAGCAUCUGGUGAUGCUGGUUCAGCCAAUAUUAAGCUAGCACAAACUGCCAGCGUAGACAAAGAGGAAGAAUCGGUCAUUAUUGAAAUGCAAGAACCAGUAACGCUUACCUUUGCAUGCCGCUACCUGAACUCCUUUACGAAGGCAACGCCACUGUGCAACCAGGUGCAGCUGUCUAUGUCGGCCGACGUUCCGCUGGUAGUUGAAUACCGAAUUCCAGACCUGGGACACAUUCGCUACUAUCUCGCACCUAAGAUUGAAGACGAUGAGAAUUAAGUUAAAUAAAAAUACAUGUAAGACUAUCCGCUUUUAUGUAAAACA